UGUUCAUUAUUUCAUUCGUACUCGAUUUUCAACCAUCUUUGACAAUCAUGGCGGCAACGCUGAUUGCAGUGUUGGUGAUCUGUGGGACAGCUAUAUCAAAAACGGAGUCUAAAACUACCAAGUUUUCCUAUGUAGAUCAUAUGUUUCAUGCUCUUGAAGCAAUCGAAGAUAAAAUUCAGUCCCAGAAUGAACUUACUGCUCUCCUUCAAUCACAAGAAUUCUGGGAUUUUACUGAACAGCUCAACAUCAAACGUUCAGUGCUGCGGAAAGCAGCGCUAACUCCAAAUAGUACGGCGUCUGCGAACGUCACCGAGAGUAAGCCAGCGGUAGGGAAUGGGCUUCUCAAUCUUAUCGGUUCCCUCUUUGGUAAUGGUAAUGCUUCAUCUCCAAACACGAGUCUAGCUGCUGCUCAAUUAGGCCAGAUAAUAGGAGGAGGAAUCUCACAACUGCUGGGAUCUCUAUUGCCUGGUCCCACACCAACUAAUAGCUCCUACAAAAACGAUACUGUCACCGUGGGUAUCAUAAAGACAACACCAAGUAUACCACAUUUAUCGUCAAAACCACCAAACAGUGGGUUUCUACAAAACAUAGGGAAUAUUGUGAGCAAUUUUUUACCCAGAAGUAAUGCCACCCCGUCAGAGGAGAUCUUUGGGGGAAUCAGAGAGGCUAUUUUGGAAUCCAACACUUCAGAUACUUGUAAACAAGAUGCUAUAAGGGUUGCAUAUGGUCUCCAAACUCAACAACCAUGGGCUUUAAAAAUGUUUGAUGCCUCAGCAAAGAUUCCCACGGAUUUGUUGAACUUUGAUACCAUAUGGCCAGGAUCGUACGAUGAAUGUUACAAAGAAUACGCGGUGGCUGGAAUGUUUCUCCGGCCCAGCGUCCAUCUCCCGGCCGUGAAACCUCGAUACUGUACAGUCAAUGUCCAGCUGCCGAUCCCAGGCCUCUCAAAGAGCGUGAUAACAUCGGGUGCAUUGCAGAUUGGUACAUGUUUACCCAAGUCCUGUAGUACCCAAGAUACCACCAUUCUCGCUAACCUUCUGUUGAAGUCUCUUCCACUUGGAAAUAUUUCCUUGUCUGCUUCUUUAUCCAUAUGCCCACCAACCCCAGAUGAAGUACCGUACGAAAAUAAGGAUAUAGCCAUGAUAGUUUUGUUGUCAGUUUUGGGUUUUAUCAUCGUUGCUGGAACAAUGUUCGAAAUUAUUGCAAUUGAAAUUCCAAAGUUUGUCAAAAGUCGUAAGGAAACACACGAUGACACAAUUCCAACAACUGUCACUAAAAAUGGAACAUCGAACGGGGAUAUUUACACCCUAAAAGGGAGCGCUGAAUCCCCUCCAGCCUACGCCGAGAAAACGGUGAAUAUUCCAGUACCUAAAGAAAAAGUGGAUACCAGGAAGAAGAAGAGAAAUAUCAUCGCCAGAAUCUUGUUAGCCUGUUCUGUGUAUUGUAACGGUAAGAAGAUUUUAAGCACAUCACAGCCUAAAGGAGCUCUGUCAGCUGUCAAUGGAAUCCGAUUCCUUAGUAUAUCCUGGGUCAUACUGGGCCAUACUUUGGGCACUGUAGUUGCAGUCUCACGUAACGCAGCGAAAUAUGGCAAAGAAUUUUUACAAAGAACAUCAAGCCAGGCCAUUGCUAAUGCUCUCGUGUCUGUUGAUACGUUUUUUGUCUUGAGUGGACUCUUGACCACCUAUCUCCUACUGAAAGAAAUGAAGAAAUCUAAAGGACGCAUCAAUUGGUUCAUGUUCUACUUCCAUAGAUACUGGAGACUGACUCCAAUGUAUAUGCUUGUCAUUGGACUGUAUACAACGCUACUCAACCAUGUGAUAUUCGGACCGUUUCGCCCUCCUGCAUCACCCGGCAUCAAGUGUGAGGAGAACUGGUGGAUGAAUCUUCUGUACAUCAACAACUUUGUCGACAAAUCAGACGAUUUGUGUUUGGCAUGGUCAUGGUAUUUGAACAACGAUAUGCAGUUCUACGUAUUGAGCCCGCUGAUGAUUGUACCCUUGUUUUUCAAAGAGUUAAUUGGAGUCAUAAUCUCGGUGGGAUUUCUGUUGGCUGUUACUAUCGCCUCUGGGGUGAUUAGUUACGUCUACAAGAUGCCGCCCACACCCCUUGGCGGAGGAGAUGCGAGCACUGACCCCACUCAUUACUUUGCUUUAUACUACAUGCGACCUUAUUGCCGUAUGGGACCGUAUGUUUGUGGCGUACUCACGGGAUACAUCCUAUACAAAACCAAAAACAAAUGUCGAAUCAACAUCUAUCUGAAUUUCUUUGCAUGGGCAAUUGCUACAAGUUGUGCAUGCGCUGUCCUCUACGGCCUCUAUAGUGCCAUCAAUGGAGAUGAUCCUCUAAAUGUCGAAGAAUCGGCUGUAUACAAUGCAUUACACCGAAGUGUUUGGGGAGCCGCGGUGUGUUGGGUCAUCUUUGCAUGUGCGACUGGAAAUGGCGGAUUCAUCAACACAAUACUAUCGUGGAAGGUGUUCGUCCCGCUUUCCCGACUGUCCUAUGCGGCUUACUUGGUUCACGUGAUCAUCAUUUACGCCUAUUUCUUCAGUCGUCGGAUGCCAAUCUACCUGACUGACCUGGAACUGGUUUACCUGUUCCUUUCUAAUCUGGUUGUGUCCUACGGUGCUGCCUUUGUGGUGUCGCUUUUGUUCGAGUCCCCCUUUAUGGCCCUAGAAAAAGUUAUCUUUCCCUCAAGAAAUAGAAAAUAAAUCAAACUCUUGAUCUUACUAUGUGCAGUAACUCAUAUAUUUAAGUAUAUAAAUUUUUAAUGAUUUAAUUUUAAAAGUUAAAAACAAAUAACGGAAAUAUAAGUGAACAGAAACAAACAGACCCAUUUCAGCACUGGACAUCAACGCAAGCUAAGGGAUUUCCAUCCACAGCUCUCAAGGGAAGCGGAAUAGACAGAAAAAAAUCUUCAUGGUCGCAA